AAUUGAUAGGGGCGUCGAUUUCCCUUUUGCACCAUCACCCACCACUCAACCCCCACCCACCCGAUCAUCCAUCUCCCUCCUCCCGGCCGGUGGCUGCCUCAAGCUGUCAGGGAAGCGGGCUAUAAAACAGAAAGGGACGGGACUGAGAGGAGGGAGGCUGCUGGUACUGAGGAAACACAAACGGAACAGCUGGCUCUGUGUCUGGAGGAUUUUUAAACACAGGGGACUUUCCAGCCAAUGACAGCGGACUCUGGGAUUUACGGAGGAAACUUUUGGACUUGAGUUGUCGCUUCAAGUCGACGCUGGGUGACUGAAGUCCGCGGAAUUGGAGCUUUGAGGGAGAACAUUUUGCGGAGAGUUUGAACAGAGAGAGAGAGAGAGAGAGAGGGAGGUUUUGGGAUGCUGGUUCCCCGCGCGCUCCGCUCCUUGCUGUGCGUCCUGAGCUGCGCGUGGCUGCACUCCGGAGCGGCCUCGCGGCUCAAGUCUCCCGCGCUGCCCAUCCAGUCCGAGAGAGAGCCGCUGCCCUCCAAAGGCCUGGCAGGAUGCUCAUUCGGAGGACGCUUCUACUCUCUGGAGGACACAUGGCACCCAGACCUGGGAGAGCCGUUUGGUGUCAUGCACUGUGUCCAGUGUCUCUGCGAGCCCCAAAAGACCCGCCGCAGCAAAGUGUUUGGAAAAGUAAACUGUAAGAACAUCAAGCAGGACUGUCCAGACCUGGACUGUGAUGAUCCCGUCCUGCUGCCCGGGCACUGCUGUAAAACCUGCCCCAAAGGUGAUGGCGACAUGAAACACACGGACUCUGUGCUGGACAGCUUCGAGUAUUUCCACGAGAAGGGCAAAGAGAAGGAGGGCGACCUCCAUAAAUCGUACAACGACAGAUCCUACCUGAGCUCAGAGGAGACGAGCCUCGGUGAGAGCCGCACAGACUUUGUAGCGGUGUUGACAGGAGUCGCCGACUCAUGGCUCCCCAGCUCCGGCGGCGUUGCCAGAGCUCGAUUCUCUCUGACAAGAACUAGCCUGGCCUUCUCCAUCACGUUCCAGAAAAUGAGCCGCCCCAAUAAAAUCGUCUUCCUGGAUUCAGAAGGCACCACUACUUUCGAGUACAGAGUCCCCAAGGGAGAGACCGACAUGAUCUGUGGCGUGUGGAAGAACCUGGCGAAGCCUCUCCUGCGGCAGCUGCAGUCUGAGCAGAUGCGCAUCAGCAUGAGCACGUCGCCGAGCCGACGAGAGGAAGUGGAGGGAAAGAUCAUCAAACACAGAGCGCUGUUUGCUGAGACGUUCAGCUCCACUCUGACGUCGCAGGAGGAGGAGAACUCGGGCAUGGGCGGCAUCGCCAUGUUAACGCUGAGCGACACGGAGAACAACCUGCACUUCAUCCUCAUCCUGCAGGGCCUCGUCAGACACACAGAGAGCGAGCCUCUCCUGGUUCCCAUCCGAGUCCAGCUUGUGUACCGACAGCACGUCCUGAGAGAGAUCCGAGCCAACAUCACGUCACAUGAUCCAGACUUUGCCGAGGUGCUGACAGACCUGAAUAGCCGUGAACUGUUUUGGUUAUCUCGCGGCCAGCUGAUCGCUGUGGCAACAGAGGGUCCAGAUCCGCGGCAGAUCUCUGGUUUCAUCAGCGGCAGGAAAUCGUGUGACACCAUACAGAGCGUGAUGUCCAGCGGGGACGCGUUGACCCCGGGGAAGACGGGAGGAGUGGGAUCUGCGAUCUUCAGCCUCCAUGAUAACGGCACGCUCGACUACCAGGUUCAAGUCGCAGGCCUCACCAGCGAAUUUUUGGGCCUCACCAUCGAGCUGAAGCCAAGGCGUCGAAACAAGCGCACCGUGCUGUACGACCUGACGCCUGAGUACAACAAGGCCACAGGCCAGGCUCAGGGCAGCUGGAGCCGUCUGGAGGCUCGACACAUCCACAUGCUGCUGCAGAACGAACUGUUCAUCAACGUGGCCACGGCACACAGCCAGGACGGCGAGCUAAGGGGGCAGAUUAAAGCCAUGCUGUACAGCGGCCUGGAGGCACCCAGACACGAGCUUCCCACUCUCCUCGCCGGUUACUUUGUGUCUCCAGCUGUAAGAUCGGGCGCUUCUGGCCACGCCUGGGUCUCAGUGGACAAACAGUGUCACCUGCACUAUGAGAUCGUCGUCUCGGGCCUCAGCAAGGCCGACGAUCUCACUGUGAACGCCCACCUGCACGGACUGGCUGAGAUCGGAGAAAUAGACGACAGCAGCACCUCACACAAGAGGCUGCUGACAGGAUUUUACGGCUCACAGGCUCAGGGAGUGUUAAAGGACAUCAGUGAUGAAUUACUGCAACACCUGAACCAAGGAACAGCCUUCAUCCAGGUCAGCACCAAGAUGAACCCGCGAGGAGAAAUUCGAGGACGGGUCCACGUGCCAAACAACUGUGAGUUCGGGACCAGGGCGACGGAGGAGGCAGAGUUUGACGACCUCUUUGUGAAGGAUCCUGAGGAGCUGAGGAAAGACCCCCACACCUGCUUCUUUGAGAACCAGCACCACGCUCACGGCUCCCAUUGGACCCCAAACUAUGACAAGUGUUUCUCCUGCAGCUGCCAGAAGCGGACUGUGAUCUGUGAUCCCGUCAUCUGUCCCGUCCUGACCUGCACCAGAACCAUCCAGCCUGAGGACAAGUGCUGCCCCAUCUGUGACGAGAGGAAGGAGCCCAAGGACAUGAAAGCUCCAGAGAGGAUAGAGGAAAAUCCUGAGGGUUGUUACUUUGAAGGCGACCAGAAGAUGCACGCUCCAGGCACCACGUGGCAUCCCUUCGUUCCUCCCUUUGGCUACAUCAAAUGUGCCGUCUGCACCUGCAAGGGGUCUUCAGGGGAGGUUCACUGCGAGAAGGUGACGUGUCCGGUGUUGACCUGCACUCAUCCCGUCAGACGUAAUCCCUCCGACUGCUGUAAGGAGUGUCCCGAGGAGGAGAAGACUCCUGCAGGUCUGGAGCACAGCGACAUGAUGCAGGCAGAUGGACCCAGGCACUGCAAGUUCGGCAAAAAUUAUUACCAGAACAGCGACAACUGGCAUCCCUGGGUCCCACUGGUCGGGGAGAUGAAAUGCAUCAACUGCUGGUGUGAUCACGGUGUGACUAAAUGUCAGAGGAAGCAAUGUCCGGUCCUGACCUGCAGCAACAUCACCCGCAGAGAGGGCGCCUGCUGCCCCGACUGUCUCGACUCCAAAGAAGAAGACGACCAGACGAUGAAAGCUCCAGACAAAAGACGAAGCUUGAGACACUGAUCUAUGGGGACCCACACUCACAAACCCAAACCCUCCUGUACCCCUUUAAGCCCCUACCCCCCUCAACGGACCCAAACCCAGAGCUGCACACUGGGUCCACCCCCCUCCCCCUUCCCGCUGAGUCCAACCCACCCUGUUAUCAGCUUCAGGAUUGUAAUGAACGGAGAAAAGAGGAAUAAUAAUAAAAGGAUCAUUUUCUAAAGACUUGUUAAAGGAAGCUACGACGACGACCAAGACCAACCAGACUUCACAAACCUGCUGCCUUCUUUUUCUUGUCUUCUGCUUUUUACAUUUCUCAAUAAAAGGACACGAGAUGUGGAUAUAAAGACACAAGGGGAGAGUUCAGAGGGAUCCUUUCAGGUCGUCAAAGUUUCAGUGACAGGACUUUCUAAAGUUACUGCUGUCGCUUCACUGCUCUGACUGAAGAGAGAGAGGGAAGUGUUGCUGCAUGAAUGUGAAUUUACAAGAGUGGUUUGAUUUUCUUACCGGUAAAGAAUGAAACGUACAAGGUUUAGUUUUAGUCAAGACCACAAUAACUGAGACCAAGACCAGAGGGCACUGAGACCAGAGGACUCCGAGACCAAGACCAAGACACUUAGGGAUCGAGACUGUGUCAAGACCGAGACCAAGGCAGGGUGAGACCAAGACCAACAAUAGCCUACCUGUGGUGGUCUUGACCGGUCUUUACUUAAAUCUUGAGUCCGCCCGGUCUGAGGCCGAGUUAAAAUGAGAUGAGAGCGACGACUUCAGAACGCGGUCCUGAGACCGAUCUUGACUUCUCCCUCACUACCUCCCGGUACCUCCUGGGGUCCGUAAGAAGAGUCCUCCAAGUCCUGUUGAUGUCAUAGCUUCUCGUCUGCGCUCGUUUCUGUUUCUGUCUGGAGUUUAGUCAUAUAAGAGUUCUUACUAUUGUUGUAGUUUAUGGAUAAGGAGCUGGUUUGUAUUUUGUAUUUAUUGAAUGAUGUUGAGACAAAUAAAGAAGUUUGUUGGUUA